AUGUCGACUCCCCUAUCUGAACGUCCGGUCGUCCCUGAUGAUGGCGACCCCAAGGAGACAGUUGAAACCGUGUCCGCUGCCGACGAAUGGGCUUAUGCCGAGAUUGCUGUGGCCCCUCGAGGAUUUGAUCAGCUGUCCACCGACAGAAUGGCUUAG